GAGAGAAGUGGCGAGUAGUACUGGGUCAGGUCACAAUUAAAACGAGGCUUCGAAAGUAAAUGAGAAGCGUAGACUGACUGGGAGAGCUCCUUUCCUCCUCUUCAUCUUCUUUGUUGUUAUUUUCAUCCCUAUCUGUGUUCAGCUCUUCUAUCAAGGCAAAGCUUCUGCAUUUCAAUCUCAGUUAUCGGUGGUGCUUUGGAGGUUUGACUGUUUCGCGAACGGAUAUUUUGGUGUAGGUGCUCCGAUUCAGCGUACACAAUCUUAGAUCCGGGUAAUUGCAUUUCUAGGGCGUGCUUGCAACUCCAAGGCUUUUUUCAUUAUCCUUUGCCAAAUUAAGGUGAUAUCCUAAGCAAUUGAACCAUCAAAUGAGUGUCAAGAGUUUGGGCUAAAGAGAAUUGGUUAUCCUGAUUUUAUCUUUUGGGGUUUCAUUCAUAAUUGGGAAAAUGGUCGAGGGGCCUAAAUUUACAGGACUUAUGGGAGGAACCAACAAUAAUGACAACAAUUACUAUGAUUUUACUCAAGGGUUCUAUCAAAAACUUGGUGAAGGCACAAACAUGUCUAUUGACAGUUUACAGACUAGUAAUGCUGGUGGAUCUGUGUCCAUGUCAGUUGAAAACAGUAGUGUGGGUUCUAAUGAUUCUCUGACCCACAUUUUAAGCCACCCUGGUUUAAAACCUGUGAAACGUAGCAAUUACUCUGUCUCUGUGGGGCAGAGUGUGUUUCGUCCUGGUAAGGUUGGCCAUGCACUUAAUGAUGAUGCAUUAGCACAAGCAUUGAUGGAUGGCAGGUAUCAGACUGAGGUAUUACAGAAUUAUGAUGAGUGGGCUAUUGAUUUAAGAAAGCUUAAUAUGGGUACAGCUUUUGCUCAAGGUGCUUUUGGGAAGUUAUACAGAGGUACAUAUAAUGGUGAGGAUGUUGCGAUUAAGAUAUUGGAAAGGCCAGAAAAUAGCCCUGAGAAGGCACAAGUUAUGGAACAGCAGUUUCAGCAGGAACUUAUGAUGCUUGCAACACUAAAGCAUCCUAAUAUUGUGCGAUUUAUUGGGGCUUGUCGUAAGCCAAUGGUUUGGUGUAUUGUCACGGAGUAUGCUAAGGGAGGCUCAGUUCGACAGUUUCUAACAAGGAGGCAGAACCGUGCUGUGCCAUUGAAGUUGGCCGUCAAGCAGGCAUUGGAUGUUGCUAGAGGGAUGGCCUAUGUGCAUGGACUUGGGUUUAUUCACCGGGAUUUGAAGUCAGAUAACCUUCUGAUUGCUGCUGAUAAAUCAAUAAAGAUUGCAGAUUUUGGUGUCGCACGUAUUGAGGUGCAGACUGAAGGCAUGACACCAGAGACAGGGACGUAUCGUUGGAUGGCGCCAGAGAUGAUACAACAUAGGCCCUACACACAAAAAGUAGACGUGUAUAGUUUUGGAAUUGUCCUUUGGGAGCUCAUAACUGGCAUGCUUCCUUUCCAGAACAUGACUGCAGUGCAGGCGGCAUUUGCUGUGGUGAACAAGGGUGUAAGACCGGUCAUUCCAAAUGAUUGUCUCCCUGUGCUGAGUGAGAUCAUGAUCCGUUGCUGGGACACUAACCCAGAAGUUCGUCCUCCCUUCACUGAGAUUGUAAAGAUGCUUGAGAAUGCGGAAACUGAGAUACUGACAACUGUUCGGAAGGCUCGGUUUAGGUGUUGCAUGACUCAACCAAUGACAAUCGACUGAUCCUGAAUAAAAUAGCGAAGAACAGAAAGGAAAGAGGAUAUAAAUGAAAAUGAAAAGAGCAAGCAGCAGUAAGAAUUUAAAUAUAAGUUGAUGUAUGUAUCAGUAUUUCUCUUUUGGAUUUGCUUUUCCCCUUUUUUAUUUUCUGAGAUAGGAGAAGGUAACAGUUAAGACUGCUGGUGUUUGGAUUUGGUGUGAACUGUACUUGGACUAGUGGUGGUCGUAGCUUUAGUGGUAGGAAGGGGAAUCAUUAGAUGUGGUUUCUCUGUGUAGUUAUAUAUGUGUGCAGUGCCUGCCAUAUCCGUUACUCUUUGAUUGUUUAAAUGCAGGUUCUCAGUUGGAUCCA